GGACCGCAGAUUCAUCCGUCCUACAAGCCCUUGGAUACGUGAAACAAUUACACACUCGGCCGUUCGUCCCUGCAGAAUAGAGGGCAGCUUCACCGUAUUGGCCACAAGCUGUCGCAAGCCUGCCAGCAUUGCCCUGAGCUGCGAUGGCGAGUUCAUUCGAGAAGUCGGUGAAAGGGGCGACCAAGAUAAAGGCCGCACCUCCGAAGUCAAAAUAUAUCGAACACAUCUUAAUAGCGACGCAUUCAGGAGAAGCCGGUGUGGGCGAGGUGUUCCGGGCGCUGCAGAACCGCCUGCGAGAUUCAACAUGGACGGUAGUUUUCAAGAGUUUGAUCACAGUUCAUCUGAUGAUCAGGGAGGGAUCGCCAGAUGUGACUUUGGCUUAUCUAGCACGGCAUAGAUCAAUGCUUGCCAUAAGCAGCUUCUCUGAUGUACAAACCCAGGGCCGGAACAUUCGACAUUACACGAACUACUUGAACGAGAGAGCAAGGGCAUACCGGGAAACGAAAUGCGACUUUGUCCGAGGGGCUGAGAAAAGGUUGGAGAAGAUGAGUGUUGACAAAGGACUGCUUAGAGAGACCGAGACUGUUCAACACCAGAUUACGGCGUUACUGAAAUGCGAUGUCAUGGAAAACGAGGCCGAGAACGAGAUCACCAUUACCGUUUUCCGAAUGUUGAUAUUGGACCUUCUGGCAAUGUACCACGUUGAGAACCAAGCGAUGAUCAACAUACUGGGCCAUUUCUUCGAAAUGUCGAGACCAGACGCUGAAAGGGCAAUGGAGAUUUACAACAACUUCGUCAAGCAGACAGACUUUGUGGUCAGAUAUCUGAGUGUUGCUCGACAAUAUGAACACCAAACUCGAGUAGAGGUACCGAAAUUGAAGCAUGCCCCAGUAAAUCUUGGAAAGCAACUGGAAGACUACCUGAUGGACCCGGACUUUGAGAUCAAUAGGAGACAGUAUUUGGCAGAGCAAGAGUCAAAGAAAGGCAAAUCCGGAACCAACGGAGUGAGCAAACCAUUUGGAGCAAAUUCGAAAAGCGAGUCAGAAUCUCGAGCUGCGGCAGGACGAAACUUCCCGGCUGCAUCUGAGGCACCAGCCUCGAAGCCAGCCCAACCAGCAAAAGGACCAGAUCCAGAUCUUAUUGACUUCUUUGAUUCGAUUGAACAAAAUCAACAACCAAUGGCAACUCAACCCGGGAUGCAACAAGAUGCCCCUCAGUUCAAUGGUGCGCCCUUUCAGAUGCAGCAGCCACAGCAAUUCCAGCAAAAUGGAUUUGCAGCCCAACAAACAGGAUUCCAGAAUCCAAACCAAUUCCAACAACAACCUUUCAAUACUGGAUUUGGUGGGCCUCAGCAACCCCAGCCAAUCCAGACGGCUUUCACAGGAGCAGGUUUUGGUGGCUAUACACCACAACCUUCUUUCCAACCAGGAAAUCUCUCGUCAAUUCCACAAGAUACCCCAGCAAGUUUCCAGCCACAACAACAGCAACAACAGCAACAACAACAACAACUUGGAAACAUGCAAGCUGGCCAGCAGACAACCAAUCCUUUCCGGUUAUCCAUGAUGGCGAGUCCAACAGGCAUGAAUGGACCCUCAUUUCCUGCAUCCCCUCCAAUAACGUCUCCAAUGACACGCCAAUCAACGAACCCAUUCGCCAAGUCGAUACCUCCACAAGUUCAACCAUUUUCACCACCACCCGACCAGCAGUUUCAGCAGCAAAUACAACAGCAGCCAACCGCUGCCCCACUUCGCCCUAUGGCUACUGGGACAAAUCCAUUUGCCAAGAACCUCGCUUUGAAUGCUGCUGCACAACGACCUCAGACGAGUGCAGGAUUAAUGGCACAACCAACUGGCAGCACGAAUCCCUUCCGGCAAUCCCAAUUUGUAAAUACGGCGACAGGAGCUGGUUGGCAGAAUAAUCAGCAACCGAUAGGUGGCGGUUUGGACAAUGUUGAAACUAUUCCAGUAUUUCCAAGACCUGCACAACAAACACCGUGGGGGCAGUAGGCAAGGGGAAGUGUCUUUCUUUUCACGAUUAUCAAGAUCAUUGCAGCACGGCGUUACGAGAGAAGUCAGGUCGAAAUACGACGUGGUUAGGCAUUAAAUGCAUAAUGUGAUAUUACAAGGCCCUUCUAGAUGAGAA